AUGGCAGCAUCAUUCCAUCCGAAAGAGGACCUCGUGGUUUCCGCCUCACUCGACCAGUCGGUUCGCGUUUGGGACAUAUCUGGCCUACGAAAGAAGCACUCGGCGCCACAAGCAAUGUCGUUUGAGGAUCAGAUGGCACGCGCCAACCAGAACCAGGCAGACAUGUUCGGAAACACGGAUGCCGUGGUCAAAUUUGUUCUUGAGGGACACGACCGUGGUGUGAACUUUGUCGCAUUCCAUCCCACACUGCCAUUGAUCGUCUCCGCCGGCGAUGACCGCCUCUCUUUCAAGCGUGAGAAUGACCGGUUCUGGACAAUCGCAGCGCAUCCCGAAAUCAACCUCUUCGCCGCUGGUCACGACAACGGAGUCAUGGUAUUCAAGCUGGAGCGCGAGCGACCCGCAUCUGCCGUCUACCAGAACAACCUAUUCUAUAUCAACAAAGAAAAGCACGUACGGUCGUACGACUUCCAGAAGAACAUUGAGGCUCCGUCUAUGCUGUCUUUGAAGAAGUUGGGAAGCGCUUGGGUACCUCCACGAACACUAUCAUACAACCCGGCAGAGAGAUCCAUUCUCGUUACGAGCCCGGCUGACGGCGGAACAUAUGAGCUGAUUAACCUUCCACGCGACGCUUCUGGUGCGGUAGAACCAACGGACACCAAACGUGGAUCGGGUAACUCCGCUGUAUUCGUCGCUAGGAACCGAUUUGCAGUCUUCAAUCAGUCCAACCAGCAGAUCGAUAUCAAGGACCUCAGCAACUCCACUACGAAGACUAUCAAGCCUCCCACUGGAACCACCGAUAUCUACUUCGGUGGUACUGGCAACCUGCUUUUGAUUACACCUACCACCGUUGUGCUAUAUGAUAUCCAGGCCAAGAAGAAUCUGGCAGAGUUGAGCAUCAACGGCGUCAAAUAUGUUGUGUGGUCAUCAGAUGGAUUACAUGUCGCGCUCCUGAGUAAACACAACGUCACUAUUGCGACAAAGAGCCUCGAGCAGGUCAGUACUUUACACGAGACUAUCCGCAUCAAGAGCGCAGUCUUUGACGAUACCGGCGUUCUGCUUUACUCAACCCUCAACCACAUCAAGUACAGCUUGAUGAACGGCGACAACGGAAUCGUUAGGACUCUCGAGCAAACUGUUUACCUUGUGAGGGUCAAGGGCCGCAACGUAUACUGCUUGGACCGCGCAGCGAAGCCGAAGAUUCUCCAAAUCGAUCCCACUGAAUACCGAUUCAAGCUGGCUCUUGUUAAGCGCAACUACGAUGAGAUGCUGAACAUAAUCAAGACUUCGAGCUUGGUUGGACAGAGCAUCAUUUCUUAUCUUCAGAAGAAAGGAUAUCCCGAGAUUGCUCUUCAAUUCGUCCAGGAUCCUCAGACGCGGUUCGAGCUGGCUAUUGAAUGCGGUAACCUCGAGGUUGCUGUUGAGAUGGCCAAGCAGCUUGACCGACCAAAGCUCUGGCAGCGACUGAGUACGGAGGCGCUUGCACAUGGUAACCACCAAACAGUGGAAAUGACCUACCAGAAGCUUCGGAACUUCGACAAGCUGUCUUUCUUGUAUCUCACAACAGGUGAUCAGGACAAGUUGAAGCGUAUGGCUAAGAUCGCGGAGCACCGCGGAGACAUGACGGCUCGAUUCCAGAACGCACUCUACUUAGGUGAUGUGCAGAACCGGAUAGAGAUGUUCCAGGAGCUUGAUUUGUACCCACUCGCCUACGCCACUGCCAAAGCCCAUGGACUCGAUGAACAAGCUCAGUCGAUCCUGGAAGCUGCCGGUGUUUCUGAAGAACAAAUCAACCUGCCCUCCAUAGGUAGUCCUCUCGCACCCCCUAAGCCCAUUGUACCGACCCACAAGGCGAAUUGGCCAACACGUGCAGCUUCUUCAACUGUAUUUGAGAAGGCUCUCCAGGGAGAGGUUGAGGGCGUUGGGUCCGAGGAACCAGCAGCUAAUGGCUACGGCGAUGAAGACCUAAUGGGCGAGCCAGAAGCCAACCAUGCUGUAGCUGAUCUCGGUGGCGACGAGGAAGACGACGUUGGCGGAUGGGAUAUGGGCGACGAUGGUGAUGUAGAAGCCGAGGAUGAUUUCGUUGAAGUUGAGGGAGCCGAAGCCGGUGCUGGUAGCAGCGAAGCCGAUCUCUGGGCACGUAACUCACCCUUGGCGGCAGAUCACGUCGCUGCAGGCUCAUUUGAUACUGCCAUGCAGUUACUGAACCGGCAAGUUGGUGCUGUCAACUUCGCGCCUCUCGAGGAACGCUUCCAAGAAAUCUAUCAAGCGACGCGAACAUUCCUACCGGCCACACCAAACAUGCCAUCGUUGGUCAACUAUGUCCGGAGAACAGUGGAUGAAACCGACUCACGCAAGAUUCUGCCGAUUAUACCGCGCGACUUGGAGUCUAUCCUCGCCACCGACCUAGCGGCUGGCAAGCAGUGGCUGCUCAAGAACAAGUUGGAGGAUGGUGUUGCCGCUCUCAAGAAGUUAUUGCAGCUUCUCAUGGUCAACGUCGUCUCCUCGCAGGCGGAAUUGUCUGAUGCUAAGAAGGCGAUCAAUACUGCUACUCAAUACAUAUUGGCAAUGUCUAUCGAGCUUGAGCGCCGCAAACUUCUAAAUGGCGCCACGGACAUUUCUGGUCUAUCUGACGCGGACAAGAAGCGCGCCCUCGAACUCUCUGCCUACUUCACCGUUCCUGAGCUGGAAGGCCCUCACAACUCGAUCCCGCUUUCAGCGGCCAUGACAUUUGCCCAAAAGAACAAGCAGCUCAACACGGCUCUUAACUUCGCCAACGCUCUCCUCGAUCGCACUGGCAACGCAAAAAUGAAGGAGCAGGCCAAGCGCGUCAAGACUAUUGCCGAGAGGAACCCGUCCGACGUUAUUGAGAUCGACUUUGACCAAUUCGCCGACUUUGACAUUUGCGCUGCCAGCUACACACCCAUCUACAGCGGCAUGCCAUCGGUUACGAGUCCGUAUAGCGGUGCCAAGUACCACGCAAGAUACAAGGGCACGGUGUGCAGGAUCGAUGGCAUCACGCAGAUUGGUGCGCCGGCUAGUGGGUUGCGGCUUGUUGGUUGAGGUGUGGUUGAGGAAGGUAGAUUGAGGAAAUUGGUAGUAUGGCGGGAAUCAGGUGCAUGCUUAGCGAUUGGUAGCUUUAUCAGCGUUGGGUCGGGACAACUCUUACAGGAAAAGAAGGGAAAAGUGGGCCGGCGCUUGGUGGAGGAGAAGAAGAAGUGUAUGCAGCUUUGUCAGACACAGCGAAAGAACCGGAAAUACGAUAACGAGUUAUAAUUUGUUCAUUCGCGGAUUCUAUCUAUAUUAUGUCACCGAGGUGAUGUUGCUGUAGAAGACGGUUGAUCUUGAGGAUGAGAAGAUGAGAGAAGGUUAAGCAAAGCCAGUCAGCAACCCCCGUUGGUCUAUGGUAUCAUUCCACCCUUCCCAAAAAAGAUAUUCCUAAGCCACCGAAAAAGCCCAAACCCGUCUCGUUUAUCAUAGGUAUACGUGUAUUUAUGCGUGUCCAUUCUGCAAGCGCCGCUGCUAACAAUAGUUUUCGUGUGUGUGUCUAGGGUGUUCCGAGCAGCGGUGUUCCAACCUGCUACUACCAGUGAAUCACUCUUCUUCCUCGUAUAUCUUGACUUUCUCGGCAUACUCGCGGAUGUUGGAGUGGAUUGUUUCUUGGAUCAACUCGCCUCUACCGCCGGCGACUUGCAAGAUGAGGUCGUUGAGGGACAUGCGGCCGAGGAUGUCU